AUGGAGUGCUGUGCUAUCGCACAUAUCACUUUCCGCAGACAAGAGAAGGCUGUAGGGGAGAAGGAGAAAGCAAGGCUUGUUGUCAAAUUCGAAUAUGCUGUUUAUGACUGGAUAGAACAUAGAUGGAGUCAAAGACCUUCACUCCACGAGACGGUUCGGAUCCCGCUCAUUGGUGGAGUCUCUCGUGUUGAACUACUGAGCAGCAGACGCCAUCGACUAAGAAUUUCACUGGCAAGUAAUCGCCCUUUCCGUGAAGUGCAACCAGGGAUGUAUUACGUAGAGAGUGGUAAUGGCCAUUCAAUGAUCACUUAACC